AUGACCACAGCACUGAAUUUCCAAGUGUCUUAUCAGGGCAACAAUCUCGAGCUUACGCAAUGGGAUUCACAAUCAACGAUCGGCCAACUCAAGGAUCACUUGCAACAAGAGACCGGUGUUCCUCCUUCAUUUCAAAAGCUACUACACAAAGGCAAACGACUUGUGGAUGAUGCAACGACAUUGAAUGAACUCGGCUUCAACAGCAAGACCAAACUUAUGCUUAUGGGCUCGGCACCGAAACAAGUGGAAGAGAUCGCUCAACUCGAUGAUAAGCUUGAAAGGAACCGAGAAACAGCAAGACGCUUCCGUGCACAACGUAUUAAGCCUGCAGCAACAUCUACGCCAUCAUCGGCAGCUGCUGAUAGUCGAUACACAUUUCAUCGCCUUACAGUGAUUGACGAGUUUCCACAACCUGAACGAGCACGUGCGAUACUAGAAAAGUUACGAGAUGAUCGAGGCAUUCGUGGAAUCAUGCAACAAAGGAAAUGGUCAGUGGGCGAAUUGACUGAAUUGACACCUUUCGAAAAGACGAUUCUUGGAUACAAUCGUAAUGCUGGUCAGCUGAUUGCAUUACGGCUACGCACGGAUGAUCUUUCUGGAUUUCGGUCAUACAAUGCUAUACGCAAAGUAUUGUUGCAUGAGCUGACGCACAACGUAUGGGGAGAACACGAUGAUAAUUUCCAUGCAUUGAAUCGACAAUUGAACAAGGAUGUUGUCAGCCUUGAUUGGACAGCCCAUGGUGGUCAUGCAUUGAAUGCUAGUGGUGGUGAUUUCUAUGAGCCUGAAUACAUCAAUGAUGCGUUUACAACUUGGGAAGGAGGAUCCUAUCGACUGGGAGGAGGAGGAGGAUUAAAAACAACAUCCAAAUUAUCACCAGCAGAAGCACGUGAACUUCGAGCAAGAGCAGCAGCAGCACGAUUAACACAACAAGAAGAGCAAGAAUUGGAUGAAGGUUGUGGAUCUCGUUAA